GAUUUCUAAUCCACUUCCCACCGUCGCCAAAAACAGGAAAUAGGGCACCGACGUGACGUCACGUUUCCCCCUUCUCCUAAUAGAGAGGAGAUGUAAUGUUUACAUUCUUCAAAGACACUUACUUUGGGUGACCUGCAAUUAUUUGCAGAUUAAGCUAUGGAUUUAUGAAAGUAAGAACAAAAAUGUAAUUUUUCCUUUCAUUGAGGUGUGUGGUUAGAAUAAAUUUAGAAAGUGGAUGAGUAAGUGUUGUCACCAACAAAAUGGGAAAUCAAGAUCCAAGUACAAAUAAUAUUAAAAAAGAUAAAAUAAGUCCUACGGUGUACAUAGUAUUUGUGUCUCUUUUACUGGAUUUGUUGGCGUUCACCAUGAUUUUACCUCUUUUACCAUCUUUAUUGGAGCACUACCAACGAAACGACGAUAGCGGCCUGUAUCAAUGGCUCCUAAAUAAAAUUUCCUACUUUCAAAAGAUUAUCGGUGCUCCAGAUCAGUACAGUUCCGUCCUGUUUGGGGGUUUCUUGGGGUCCAUGUUUAGUUUUCUCCAGUUUAUCGCAUCGCCAAUUUUAGGCGGUAUAUCGGACGUUAAAGGUCGAAAAGUUGUCAUGAUUGGUUGUCUUGUGGGAAUUUCACUUUCGUACAUUCUCUGGGCCCUAUCGAAGAAUUUGGUUUUGUUUAUUAUAGCGCGGUUUAUUGGUGGCCUAUGCAAAGGUAACGUUUCUCUUAGUAUGGCUAUUAUUUCGGAUGCAUCGUCUGUCAAAACAAGAGGUAUUGGAAUGGCUCUUGUCGGGAUCGCAUUUUCAUUAGGUUUUAUAAUUGGUCCAUUAAUCGGAGCCAUAUUUGCUAUGUCAACGUCUAAAACUAAUGGAGAGUGGUUUGUGGCUCCUGCUAUGUUUGCGUUCUUCCUUUCGUUCUUAGACCUUAUCUUUUUUGUAAUAUUCUUCCAAGAAAGUUUGCCAAAGGAAAAACGUGCCAAAGAUGUAUGGAGAAGUUUACAAAAUGCGAAAGCCUUGAUCGAUUUAAGAGAUUUAUUUGGGUUUCGCCCUGUACGUAAUAUAAAGGAUGGUGAUCUAAUCAAACUGAGGAAGUUGGGUCUUACGUAUUUUAUAUAUUUGUUUAUUUAUAGUGGAUUAGAAUUUACUCUUACGUUUCUAACACAUCAUACCUUCCAGUAUAAUUCUAUGCAACAAGGCUGGAUGUUUUUUAGUAUUGGGUUGGUUAUGGCAAUUAUUCAAGGCAGUUACGUUAGGAGACUGCCACCUAAUAAGAUCACAUCAACGGCAAUAAAUGGACUAUGGAUAAUCAUACCAUCGUUUAUAUGUGUUGGGAUUGCCAGGAAGCUAUGGACUCUCUACUUAGGAUUACUUUUAUUCGCAGUUUCCACCGCUCUUGUUGUUCCAUGCAUGAUGACCAUGGCUUCUCUUUAUGGAUCUCCACAGGAAAAGGGAACUGUAAUGGGUAUAUUUCGUUCUCUUGGCGCGUUAGCAAGAGCUUUGGGACCAAUCCUUGCGAGUGUUUCAUUCUGGGGAUUAGGUUCAACAACCACUUAUCUUGCAGGAGCUUUUGCUUUACUGUGGCCUGUUUUAUUACUUAAAAACAGCGUUUAAGUAUCACAUUUUUAUUACAACAGCAGUAUUAGAAUAAUUCUCAUUAACUUUCUUUGCAUUAUCUAAACUGUGAUGUGCAUCUUCAUUAUCUCACUUUAUUAUUUAAAAAUGUUUGUUAUCGGCAAGAUAUUUAAUUGUAUAGUAUUGUUUUUUCUACCAGCUUAUUUAUUUAACGUUAUUUUCAACAAUAUAAUAAAUUUUAUAACUUUUUAA